AUGGCUACAGACGAAGUUACAGGAGGGGCUCGCAAAGCUACGAAAAGCAAACUUUUUGAGUUUCUGGUCCAUGGGGUGCGACCUGGGAUGCCAUCAGGAGCUCGAAUGCCCCAUCAGGGGGCUCCCAUGGGUCCCCCAGGUGCCCCGUACGUUGGCAGCCCCUCUGUGCUCCUGGGGCUGCCCCAGCCCGUGCUGGAGACCAGCAGGAAGCGUGCGGCGCCGCAGCAGGUGCAGCAGCAGCAGGUGCAGCAGCAGGUGCAGCAGCAGCAGCAGCAGCAGCAUCCAGCCACCCAGAGCAGGACCAGGAGUGCCAAGAGGAGGAAGAUGGCUGACAAAAUUCUCCCUCAGAGGAUCCGGGAGCUGGUUCCUGAGUCCCAGGCCUACAUGGAUCUGUUGGCCUUCGAACGCAAACUAGACCAGACCAUAAUGCGGAAGCGUGUGGAUAUUCAGGAAGCGCUGAAGAGGCCAAUGAAGCAAAAGCGGAAACUGAGGCUUUACAUCUCCAACACCUUUAAUCCUGCCAAGUCUGAUGCAGAUGACGCUGAUGGCAGCAUCGCCUCCUGGGAGCUGCGUGUGGAGGGGAAGCUGCUGGAUGAUCUCAGCAAACAGAAGCGGAAGUUUUCGUCUUUUUUUAAGAGUUUGGUUAUUGAACUGGAUAAAGAUCUUUAUGGACCUGACAACCAUCUUGUGGAGUGGCACAGAACUCCCACCACCCAGGAGACGGAUGGAUUCCAGGUGAAAAGGCCCGGCGAUGUCAGCGUGCGGUGCACAUUGCUCCUCAUGUUGGACUACCAGCCUCCGCAGUUCAAGCUGGACCCACGGCUGGCCCGGUUGCUGGGGAUACACACGCAGACCCGCUCAGCCAUCAUCCAGGCCCUCUGGCAGUACAUCAAAACAAACAAGCUGCAAGACUCCCACGAUAAGGAAUACAUUAACUGUGACAAAUACUUCCAGCAGAUCUUUGACUGUCCACGGCUAAAGUUUUCUGAAAUUCCUCAGAGACUCACGAACCUGCUACUGCCUCCAGACCCGAUAGUGAUAAACCACAUCAUCAGUGUUGACCCCAAUGAUCAGAAGAAGACAGCUUGUUACGACAUAGAUGUAGAAGUUGAAGACCCAUUAAAGGGACAGAUGAGUAGUUUUCUUCUCUCAACAGCCAACCAACAGGAGAUCACAGCAUUGGACAACAAGAUUCAUGAGACAAUCGAAUCCAUAAAUCAACUAAAAAUACAACGUGAUUUCAUGCUGAGUUUCUCCAAAGAUCCCAAAGGAUACAUCCAAGACCUUCUCCGGUCCCAAAGUAGGGAUCUUAAGGUGAUGACUGAUGUAGUUGGAAACCCAGAGGAAGAACGGAGAGCUGAAUUUUAUCAUGAGCCAUGGUCUCAAGAGGCUGUGAGCAGAUACUUCUACUGCAAGAUCCAGCAGCGCCGGCAGGAACUGGAACAAUCUCUGGGGGUGCGCAACACAUAAGUACUGCUCACAAGAUUCCAUUGGCAUCAUGACCACCAAACCAGUGGACUUUUCAGUGUUACUUAGCUCACUGUUACACAUGGACCUGCUUCCUGGCUGAAUGAGAAUGUACCAUCAGCACACCAGUCAGAACACCAGCUUUAGAGUGACCCUUGAAAAUCUUGCCCCAGGGCGGAGUCUCCAACCAUUCCAGGCCAGAGACAGAGCCGUACAAGUGUCAGUGUUAAAGAACAUUAAAGGCUCAUUCAUCAACGUGUAUCAUCAAGUUUUAGUGGAAAGUUCAGACACUACACAGCAAAUCCUAAUGGGCUAUGCAUAGAGUCAUGGGUGGCAUUGAUAGGGGAGGCUGAGAUGGGUGUUACAGGAGACUACAGAUUUAGAGAAAUAAAGGCAGUUCUCAUCCCGUGUUACCUAGGAGUCUCAACUAGGAAUUUAUCUAGAAUU